AUGGAUCUGUUUGACCCAGAGGAGCAGUUCCUUCAGUGCGCGAGAAAUGGAAACGUUCCAGGGAUUCAGAGGCUCCUGCGGGCCAUGAUAAAGGAAGAAAUCCGCAUCAACAUCAACUGCAGAGGUAAGAGCAAAGCCAACUCGGGGUGGACAGCGCUACACCUGGCCUGUUACUUUGGACACAGAGAGGUGGUGGAGGAACUGCUCAAGGCAGGCGCCAGCGUGAAUUCGACCAAUGACACGGGGGACACCGCUCUCCACAUGGCCGCCCUCACGGGGAGGAAGGAAGUUACCCUACUGCUGCUACGGUAUGACGCCCCUGCCGCUGUCAUCAACGGAACAGGACAAAUUCCCAAAGAUGUCACUCAAGAUGAUGAAAUUAUAACCAUGUUAGAUGCGGCGGAGAGGAGAGAACAGCGGAGACUGGAGGAGCAGCUCCUGGGUGCUGCGAGAGACGGCGAUGUCAUCACACUGGCCCAGCUGCUCAACAGAAAGCCACCUCCAGAUAUCCACUGUAAAGACAUUCUGGGAAACACUCCCCUACACUGUGCGGUCUACAGAGACCAGAAACACUGUGCUCUUCGCUUGCUCAGGAGUGGAGCUUCUCCCAGCAUUAGGAACCGCAAUGGUCAGUCUGCAUUUGACCUUGCCAACAGCGCUGAGAUGAAGACAAUAUUGGAAGACAAUGCAGAGAAGCACAUGGCUCAGAAUGUCCAGAUGUUUGAAGGACCUCUCUGGAAGAGUUCACGAUUUGUGGGCUGGCGUUCCCAUUGGGUGAUCUUGCGGGAGGGGACUCUGUCCUGGUAUCCCAAAAGGUCAGAUGCGGACGCUAACAUCCGCAGACAAGGCUGCAAGAGUCUUGCUCAGGCUCACUGCGUGAUCAAAGCCUGGGACAACUGCCAUUUUACUCUCAAGUGCUUUGAUGGGAGUGUCCAUCAUUUUAAAGUGUGCCCAAAAACCGACCCAGAAGCAACAAGAAAAAAAUGGCUGGCUGCCCUGGAGGAGCACUCCACCUACAGUACACACUGCUCCUCCCAGGACCGACACAGCGAGGAAGAUCAGGAGGAAGAGGAGGAGGAAGAGGAGGACAUGAUGUCAGUGAGUCACCUGACGGACUCCCUGGAAAUAGCUGAAGCCAACCAGCAGAGAGUGGAGACGCAAGUGUCCACCCUCUUCUCCAUGGUGAAGAACAGUGAGGCCGAAUGCCUGCCUGCCGCCAUUCUCCUGAAAGUGAGGGAGGUGAAGGACCUUUCCAGCGACACCUGUGCCUCCCUCCGCACCUGCCUGAGACUCCUCUGCAGACAGGAGGAGGUGUGGAGGCUGAAAUUGGAACAGGAAGUCGAGAAGAACCGGAUCCUGUCGGACGCCCUGCAGACUCUCUCCCACGAGCACAGCCUCCUCGAGCAGACCCUUGCCCAAAAGCGGACCCCUCCACGGAGCACGCUCCCUGAGGAUGAGUUCUUCGACGCUGUCUCUGAAUCACACUCGGAGCACUCGUUAAGCGGAUUCCUGUCGGUGGCCGGCCACUCCUGGGAGGAAGAGUCUGUUCGGUCCAGUGGCAGCAGCCCCAGCGGACCCGCCGCCAUGUCCCAGGAGGGUAACCACGGCAACGAGAAGCCCCAGUGCAACGGGACGAAAAAGCACAGAAUGGCCUUGCCGGCCCCCAUGUUCUCCAGAAAUGACAUCAGCAUCUGGAGCAUCCUGAAGAAAUGCAUUGGAAUGGAGCUCUCUAAGAUCGCCAUGCCGGUCGCCUUUAACGAGCCCCUUAGCUUCCUUCAGCGCCUAACGGAGUACAUGGAGCACACGUACCUCAUCCACCAGGCUAACAGCACGCCGGACUCCAUGGAGAGGAUGAAGUGUGUCGCGGCCUUCGCCGUCUCUGCCGUGGCCUCGCAGUGGGAGAGGACCGGGAAGCCUUUCAACCCGCUGCUGGGAGAGACGUACGAGCUAGUCAGGGAGGACCUGGGCUUCAGGCUGAUGUCGGAGCAGGUCAGCCACCACCCGCCGGUCAGCGCGUUCCACGUGGAGGGUAUGAACAACGACUUCGUGUUCCACGGGUCCAUCUACCCCAAGCUCAAGUUCUGGGGGAAGAGCGUGGAGGCGGAGCCUAGAGGGAUCAUCACCCUGGAGCUGCCAAAGUACAAUGAAGCUUACACCUGGACAAAUCCCACCUGCUGCGUUCACAACAUCAUAGUGGGCCAGCUGUGGAUCGAGCAGUAUGGGAAUGUAGAGGUGAUCAACCACAAAACAGGAGAGAGAUGUAGCAUUACCUUCAAACCCUGUGGCCUUUUUGGCAAAGAGCUGCACAAAGUGGAAGGCUACAUACUGGAUAAAAGUAAAAAGAAGCUGUUAGCCAUUUAUGGGAAGUGGACAGAGUGUCUGUACACGGUGGACCCAGCCACCUACGAUGCCCAAAAGAAGACGGACAAGAAGAACCCUGAGGAGAAGAAGAGUAGCAAACCAGCUGCCCCCGAUGAGGAGGCCGAGGAGAUGCCCCCUCCAGAGGCGGAGACGGUGCAGGUGAUCCCCGGCAGCGAGCUGCUGUGGAGGAUAGCGCCCCGUCCGGAAAACUCCGCCGAGAUGUAUGCCUUCUCCACCUUUGCCAUGCAACUGAAUGAGCUGGAGAAGGACAUGGAGGGCGUCAUACCCAAAACAGACUCCCGGCUAAGGCCAGAUAUUCGUGCAUUGGAGAACGGCGAUAUAGAUUUGGCGAGUGAGGAGAAAAAGAGAGUGGAGGAGAAGCAGAGGGCAGCACGGAAAACCCGCUCCAAGUCAGACGAAGAAUGGAAGACAAGGUGGUUUCACCAGGGACCUAACCCUCACAACGGUGGCCAGGACUGGCUAUACUCUGGAGGGUACUGGGACAGGAACUACACCAACCUGCCUGACAUCUAUUAAUGCAAUUCACCCACACAUUUCCAUGUGUGUCCACCUGAGCCCCCAUUUAAGCUCUCCUGUUUAAACCAUGGUGUAGCUCUGUUCUGCAGGAUAUUUCAGUUUUUUGAGGACUGAUUGUGAAAACAAAGAACAGGGCAGACAUGGUUCCCUUCGGUAUUAUGUUACAGGACAUUUAUCAAUAUUUAUUUUUAGUUAGCAGGCACCUAUUUCCAGGACAAAUAGCAUAGCUAUUAUAUGUUUGGACUUGAACUUGCAGCCUUGCAACCUCAGUUUAAAUUCAGUUUCAACAUUUGUGAUAAAGCCCAUGAAUGGACAGGUACUAAAAUAACCAUGCAGAAGACUACACCAUGUGUGAGGUCACCUCAUUGCACAUUGUUCAAUAAGUACUUUAGGAAUUAGACAAAUGUGAUUCUUUACUACUAUCAUUGUUGACCAGUUGAAAAUUUUCUGUCUGGUUCAUGGAAGGCUAGGAUUUGGUCCCUUCUAUUUUUAAGAUGCAGUGUUUUGAGUUGAAUGUGAUAUCUCUUAUCGUGUUUCUCCCUCUAAAGAAGCCACUUAUACGAUGUCUGACAGACUAUUUAAGAAAUUGUAUAGCUAUUUUGUGAAUAGACCACAUUAGGUUUGUCAGUAGUUAGGAAGUAGUACCAACUCAGUCUUUAAUAAAGUGCUCCCUGUCAUAAUGCAGCCUGUUGCAGUUUAGGAAACGACUCGAUACCUCUCUCAUUCCAUAAAAAAAGCUGUUUUAAGCUCUUCCCUCUCGUGCAGAAUCUCUCCAGAUCAGAAAGCUGCCUCUACUUAUGGAUCUCAACGGCUGCAUUACGACAAGGGAGCUCAUGUUGCACACCGGGUGGACGUAUAGCAGACGCACCGCUGUAGAGACCAUCAGUGAGUGGUGAGCCUGCACACUCUGACUGUUAUCCAUGCCUUAGAGUCAUGCUUAGCGCGGCGCGAGGCCCGUGCUGCUGGCCGGCUGCAGGGGAACCUUUGCCGAUCAUAGCUUCUACGUCCGUAGCUGUUCUAAACUAUCACACGCUUAAACAGAGCUUGUCCGUUGUAACAGUGCAGUGAAUAUGUAAUACCAGGGUCAGGCACUUCAGAAAACGUUGCACACCAAAGACGAGGAUCGUCGUAAAAAUGCUAGGCGGAGCAUGGUGGUUUUGGGGGGGGGGGGGGUCUGUCCUCUGCAAAGGGGCAAAUGGCUUCAGUGAAGUGGCAGUCUACUUGAGGGAGUAUUCACUAGCGACGGGCAAGCGGGGCUUCACAAAACACAAAGCUCAGGGUUCGUUCAGUAGGCCAUACGCGUUGCGCUCUGGUUCACAAAGGUGCUGAUGGGAAAUAUAGUCCAGACUCAAACGUAAAAGAGUUCCGCCACCAUGAACUGCGGAUUCCUCACCGCUGCAAAACGCUGCUCAACAUCUAGCCGUCAGACAUACCCGAAGUGCAGCCAUUUUAUCAGAUUGCUCCCUUGACUGAUAAUCCAGCAAACCUGUGAACCAAUCAGUUUGGUUUCCACAGCCCAGCACUCCUGCUGGUUCGGAUCUGCAUGCCAUAACGUGAUUCGCUACGGUCAGUCGUGUUCAGUGCAUCCCGUUUACCUAUCGCUAGUACGCAGCCGUUGGAAAAAGCCACCGUGCAGGAAACUGACAGCACAGACACUAACACCGACAGUCCCUUCUUCACAGCGAAACUUGCGCAUGCAUCACUUCAACUAUGCAAGCAACGGCGGUGUGAACACAAAUUACGACCAUGUCUGGACUGUUACAACCAUGUUCUGUAAACAUUCCCCUAACUCUGUUGUGUAUAGGCACAGUAACUUAUGUAGACUGUUUCAAAUGUACUGUACGGAGGUAGAUGGACUAGUGUGAUCUAGAAAUGCACGGUUUUACCCAGUCUUGACCUGUGUAUAUUAAUUG